ACGUCUUUCUUCUGUCCCUUCGAUUGCAAUGGCGAUAGUGGUGAUCGAGAUCUCUUCUACCGAUGAAGACGAAGAAGAGUGCAAGAAGGCAGAGAUGCAGGCAAAGAAGAUGGCCACGACGGUGGGUAGGAGGAAAAGGAGGGAAUAUGUGAAGGUGGGGAAAGUGGAGGCACCGGUGGAUGACGAGGACGAGGAUGACGACGACUGCUUCAUCCUUCCCUACAACCCUUUCUUGGACGACCAACUGGACCUCAAACGUAGGCUCUACCUCGAUGAUCCCCCACUGUCCGACGACGUCACCGUGGUCGCAGAACGAGGCCAAGUUGCUUGUAGAGAUUAUCCCCACUCAAGACACUUGUGUACAAAAUACCCCUUUAGCAAGACACCUCAUCCCAUCCACUGCCAAAAGUGUUAUUGCUAUGUAUGCGAUGAACCUGCUCCCUGUAGGGUUUGGGAUAAGCAUUGCCAUGCAUAUGACAAGAGUUGUUAUUGGAAGACUGCAAGGGAAGAACAGCGAUCAACUCAGGAUUCCUGAGUUUGUGGAAUUAUGUAGGUACUGCUUACUACACCGAACCACAAUGCAUGUGAAUGAGAUUGAUGCUGGAACCACCCAAGAUGGAAGUGCUCAUGUUUGAGGCAUUGUUUUGGCUCUUUAACCCUGCUUAGCACAUGAUUGUGUCUCUUGGCAUAUAUUUGUCUAGGGUUUCUUUUAAUGUGGAUGAAGAAAUCUUUGAGGGAAGUAUG